UCUACCACUUUCACUGGUGUGCGCUUCUGAAGCUUCACAGUCAUGGCUUCUUCUACUUCUUUGCUUUUCCCUGUUUUUACUCUCUUCUCUAUCCUUUUCUUGGCAUCCUCCUCCAAUGAUAACAUACCUGCCACCAUUACCAUCCCUCUAACCUCAACAUUUACAAGCAAACUAUCCACGGAACCCAGGGUCUUUCUCCAACACCUUGCCUCUGCAUCCUUGUCCAGAGCCCAUCACUUGAAACAUGGUACGACCAGUCCUCUCGUAAAAGCCUCUCUUUUUCCUCAUAGUUAUGGGGGUCACACCAUCCCUCUCAGCUUCGGCACUCCUCCACAAAAACUCUCCUUCCUGGUGGACACAGGAAGUCAUGUAGUAUGGGCCCCGUGCACAACUCACUACACAUGCACUAACUGUUCUUUUUCAAACCCCAAAAAGGUCCCUAUCUUCAAUCCCGAACUUUCGUCAUCUGAUAAGAUCUUGGGGUGCAGAGAUCCCAAAUGUGCAAACACUUCCUCCCCAGAUGUUUACCUCGGGUGCCCCCGCUGCAAUGGCAAUUCCAAAAAAUGCUCCCACGCUUGCCCACAAUACACUCUUCAGUAUGGCACAGGAGCAGCAUUUGGGUUUUUUCUAUUAGAAAACCUCAACUUUCCCGGGAAAACCAUUCAUAAAUUUCUUGUUGGGUGUACAACAUCCGCUGCUCGUGUACCUACUUCUGACGCACUUGCGGGGUUCGGUCGCACAAUGUUCUCGUUGCCAAUGCAGAUGGGUGUGAAGAAGUUUGCUUACUGUCUCAAUUCGCACGAUUACGAUGACACCCGGAACAGCAGCAAGUUGAUUUUGGACUACAGUGAUGGCGAAACCAAAGGACUUUCCUAUACUCCCUUUCUCAAGAACCCUCCUGACUUCCCGAUUUACUACUACUUGGGUGUCGAAGAUAUCAAGAUCGGGAACACGCUCCUCGGGAUUCCAAGCAAGUAUCUGGCUCCAGUAUCUGACGGCCGAGGUGGUCUCAUGAUAGAUUCUGGUUUCGCGUACGGAUACAUGACAGGACCGGUUUUUAAGAUAGUGACAAAUGAGUUGAAAAAGCAGAUGUCCAAGUAUAGGAGAUCUCUUGAGCUAGAAACCCUGUCCGGUUUCACACCUUGUUAUAAUUUCACAGGCCACAAAUCCAUAAAAAUCCCCGACUUAAUUUACCAAUUUAGAGGUGGCGCAAAUAUGGUGGUGCCAGGAAAGAAUUAUUUUGUGUUUAUUCCUGAGAUAAGCUUGGCUUGUUUCCCUGUCGUCACUGAUGCAGGCACCAGCACCUUGGAAUUCACUCCGGGACCGUCUAUUAUUCUGGGGAAUUAUCAGCACGUGGAUUAUUAUGUGGAGUUUGACCUAAAAAAAUGAGCGUCUUGGUUUCCGACAACAAACUUGCUAGUCGAUGACAUCACUGCCACUGGCUAAAGAUUUGUGCUGGGCAGAAAUAGUUGAUAAUAGCAACCUAGGAGGAGCGUGUAUUGUUAAGUAGUGUACCAGUCCGAUGGCAGUUGGGAGAAUACCGCCCACCCUUAACUACGUACCUGCCUUCAUUGUUGGACCACUGGAAAGGCUGUGUUUAAGCUCUCCAGUCUGAAUAAAAGAAGUGUACUAAAUAUAAAUUUAGUCGCUUUUGAUGGCA